AUGUAAUAGUGUCAUUCAUUCAUUCAUGGCGGAGCUUCGGCGUCGUCAUUAGAUAUAGACACUAUUUCACAUUAUUUACAGUUCUGACCAAAGUCGGCUACGUUACCUUUCUUCUUCUUCUUCAUUUGACCGUUUCAAAAUCUGAUCUUUCUCCAUUCCCAAAUCAAAUCAUGCUAUUCUCAAGGGGAUUUCGUCGGAUUCCGACCGCCACCUUCAAUGGGUUUUCCCGUUGGUUCGUCUCUCACCGACCCGGGUACUCACAGUCACAGACCACUACUCAUUGUUCUAGAGAUUCAACCCACAAGAUUUUUGGCGGUUUCGAAGAAAGUCGUUUCUGGGGUUUUGCUGGCUCUAGAUACCAAAUUCAUCACCAGAGUAGCUCCUUAGUUGAGGAAGAAUUAGACCCUUUUUCUCUUGUUGCGGAUGAACUCUCACUUGUUGCUAAUAGGUUAAGGGAUAUGGUAGUUGCUGAGGUGCCCAAGCUUGCUUCUGCUGCUGAGUACUUCUUUAAAAUGGGUGUGGAGGGGAAGAGAUUUCGUCCAACGGUAUUAUUGUUAAUGGCAACAGCAUUAAAUGUUAAGGUUCCCGAGCCUGCUAAAGCGUUAGCAGAUACUUUAACACCCGAGUUACGUACAAGGCAGCAAUCUGUUGCAGAAAUAACAGAGAUGAUCCAUGUGGCAAGCCUACUACAUGAUGAUGUCUUAGAUGAUGCAGAAACUAGACGCGGUGUUGGUUCGUUGAAUUGCAUUAUGGGAAACAAGGUAUCGGUAUUAGCAGGAGAUUUUCUGCUUUCUCGAGCUUGUGUUGCCCUCGCAGCUUUAAAGAAUACCGAGGUAGUUACGCUACUAGCCACGGUUCUAGAACAGCUCGUGACAGGUGAAACCAUGCAAAUGACAUGUACAUCUGAACAACGUUGUAGUAUGGAAUAUUAUAUGCAAAAGACAUAUUACAAAACUGCAUCGUUAAUUUCGAACAGUUGCAAGUCGGUUGCAGUCAUUGCUGGACAAACUACAGAAGUUGCAAUGCUAGCAUUUGAGUACGGCAAAAAUUUGGGUUUGGCUUAUCAAUUGAUAGAUGAUAUUCUUGAUUUCACCGGCACGUCAGCUUCCCUCGGAAAGGGCUCGCUAUCUGAUAUCCGUCAUGGUAUUGUUACAGCUCCAUUAUUGUACGCCAUGGAAGAGUUUCCUCAGUUGCGCGCCGUGGUUGAGCAGGGAUUUGAAAACCCCAAAAAUGUUGACAUUGCACUCGACUACCUUGGAAAGAGUCGCGGGAUACAAAAGGCGAGGGAACUUGCAAUAAAGCAUGCAAACCUCGCUGCUGAGGCAAUCGAGUCACUUCCAGAGAGCGAUGAUGAAGAUGUAAAAAGAUCGAGACGAGCACUAGUAGAUCUCACCCAAAGAGUCGUUACAAGAACAAAGUGACAGGCUCACACACAAUAGGAACAUACUUAUAUAUUAUGAAUUCGUUUCAUUUUUUCUUGUCGUCGGUACCAGUUAGGGAGAGGGACAAUUACCCUCUUCCAUUUUCGUUAAAACUUUAUAUUUUUUAUUUUUUUUUUCGGUUUUCAUAGUUUUCUUUUCUCGCGCUUAUUAUGUACAUUAUAAGAACUGCAGAGUAGGGAGAAGAUUCGUUCAAGCUUUCAUAUGAUUCGAAAGAACUAUGCAUAGUCACUCUUAAUCUUUGAAUGACUUGCAUGUUGAUGUAUAAUGGCAAUAAAAUGUUGUUGACACUACAAUAUUUUUUUGUUUAGUGGAAUGGCCAUAUUAGUAGAGCUCUGUUCAAA